AUGGCGAGAGGUGGCACGUCAAACAACAACUCAGAACCCCCUACCAUGGAGGAGAUGAUGGCCAUGAUCAAUGGCUUAAGGGAGGAAAAUGCACGAUCCAGGGAGAUAGAGGACGCCAUUCAACGCGAGAAUGAGGAAAUCAGGAGGCGAGCAGACGAGAUGCAGGCCAGGAUAGUGGCCAGUACCAGGACGGUGGAGGAGGAUGUCAUGUUGGAAGUCCCUAGGGAUUUUCGACCGUUCUCGGAAGCCAUAGAGGCCGAGACCAUCCCCAGGGAUCAUCGGAUACCCCAAGUCGAGCCUUUUGAUGGAACGCAGGAUCCCAGUCAGCAUUUGACGGAUUUCCGAGCUCAAAUGUUGAUCUAUGGAGGGAGCAUGGAAGUCCGCUGCAAACUAUUCAUGGGCACACUCAAAAAGGAAGCACUUGAUUGGUUUAGUGGUCUCCCUGACCGAUUAAUCACCGACUUCGAUGUCUUCAGUCGGCUAUUCAUGGAACAAUUUGCCGCUAACAAAAAGAAGCCACCGAUCACGUCGGACUUGUUUGACCUCAUGCAGCAACGCGAGGAGUCGCUGAAGGACUUUCUACAAAGGUUCAACGAGAUCGCCUUGAGGAUAGCAUCGUUGGAUGAAAGGAUGACAGUCAUUGCAUUCCAGAAGGGUUUAAGGUCCGGGGCUUUUGACAUUGCGCUCGAAAAAGAGAAUUGUCAAACGAUGUCGGAGGUGAGGGCUUUCGCCCUGAGUCACAUCAAGACGGAGGAAAACCAGAUUAUCAAAAGAGCAGCUGAAAGCCGAGAGGCAGGGGGCAGUAAUAAGGAGGGCAACAAGCACCUCCGGGUACGCUCAAAUUGGAAUAAACGACGUGAUCACUACGAUGCUAAGGAGGGGAAUCGCAGGCAGGCGGACUAUGGCGGUCGGGCGAAGGGCGAGUGGGCACGAAGCAACGAACAGGAAAAGUUCACCCCGCUCAACGUUCCCAGGAGGCACAUACUGCAUGACGUCAAUAGUGCGUCACUUUUUGAGUUCCCGGCCGUAACUGACCGUCAGUUGAGACCCUACAAAACUGACUGGUGUGAAUUUCAUCGGACCCAUGGACCCAUCGGACGCCGACUUUGA